GCAGCAGCUGCUCCCAGAUCAGACCCCUCAUCCACUCUAUCACGUCCUCUCCAACACCACCACCACCACCGCUCCCCUCUCGCUCCUCCCUAUGCCCUUGUCCUCGGCGGCUCCUCUCACCUCCCUGGCCAGUAUAUGGAUAGAAGCUCCCUGUUUCAGCUCAUACAAGAGCAGCUGGACCCAGAGAACACCGGUUUCAUCGCAGUGGAGAACUUCACCAGUUUGGUGGAGCACCAUGAGCUGCAGCUGGACCCAUCCAAGCUGGACAUGCUGUUAGCCCUCGUCCAGAGCAACGAGGAUGGACAGGUGUGCUACCAGGAGCUCAUCGAGCUGAUGAGCAGCAAGCGCUCCAGCAGUUUCCGCCGGGCCAUCGCCAAUGGCCGCCGCACGCUGCAGAGGGAGAUCCUGCUGGACGAGACGGGGCUGGGCCUGUACAAGCGCUUCGUCCGCUACGUGGCGUACGAGAUCCUGCCCUGCGAGACCGACCGGCGCUGGUACUUCCACCAGAACCGCCUGUGUCCCCCGCCCGUCUUCAUCGCCAUCGUGACCAUCGUCCAGAUCAUCGUCUUCAUGUGCUACGGCAUCAUGCUGAACAAGUGGGUCCUGCAGACCUACCAGCCCGACUUCAUGAAGAGCCCGCUGGUCUACCACCCCGGCCACCGGGCGCAGGUGUGGCGCUUCUUCAGCUACAUGUUCAUGCACGUGGGCUUAGAGCAGCUGGGAUUCAACGCUCUGCUGCAGCUGAUGAUUGGCGUUCCUUUAGAGAUGGUCCACGGCAUCCUACGGAUAAGUCUCCUUUACAUGGCGGGGGUUCUGGCUGGCUCGCUGACAGUGUCCAUCACCGACAUGCGUGCUCCAGUGGUGGGGGGCUCCGGGGGGGUCUACGCUCUGUGCUCAGCACAUCUGGCCAAUGUCGUCAUGAACUGGGCCGGGAUGCGUUGUCCCUACAAGCUGCUCCGCAUGAUCCUGGCAUUAGUUUGCAUGAGUUCAGAGGUGGGCCGUGCCGUCUGGCUGCGCUUCUCGCCGCCGCUGCCCUCCUCGGGGCCGCAGCCCAGCUUCAUGGCGCACCUGUCGGGCGCCGUGGUGGGCAUCAGCAUGGGGCUGCUGAUCCUGCGCAGCUACGAGGAGAGCCUGCAGAAGCAGUGCUCCUGGUGGGUCAUCGUCUUCUCCUUCAUCACCUUCCUCCUCUUCGCCAUCUUCUGGAACAUCUUCGCGUACGAGCUCCUCGGAGUACAGAUCCCCCCGCCCCCCUGA